GUCCGUACACACCAACUCCUCCCUCCCUCCCUUAAAUUAACGAACGAACCCUUUCAAUCCACCUUUUCAUUCCGUUACCGGUGGCGGAAUUCAAUGGGUUUACGCAACUUAUUCCGUUGCUUCGUUUCAACCUCCGAUCAAGUGGCCGAUUGUGAUGAAAACAACAAGUAUUCAUGGGAACAGAUUAAGAAAUGGAGUAGGAACUUCUCCACGGUUAUCGGCUCCGGCGGGGUUAGCACCGUUUACCUUGCUCGCAUACCGGGUUUUGGGUUAACAGCUGUCAAGAUCCAACUUGCUUGCACUGAGCGGCUAGCCAGGAUCCAUGAUCAAGAGCAUCAAAUAUUAGUUCAAGUACAGCAGCACCCGAAUAUUGUUAAGUUUGUUGGACACUGUGACGAAAGGGAAGAAGAGCGUGCACUUUUGUUUGAGUACGCAUCUAAUGGUACCUUACACGACAAGCUUUGCACUCUGACGUGGAAAACCAGAAAGAUGAUUGCCUUUCAGCUAGCUUCAGCUUUGCAAUAUCUUCAUGGGAUGCAGAUUAUUCAUGGGGAUAUCAAGUCUUCAAAUAUACUUCUAGACCAACAUUUAAAUUGCAAACUUUGUGAUUUUGGGUCCGCUAAAAUAGGAUUUACUCCCAUGGUUCUGCCUCCAUCUUCACCAAAAGCGAUAAUCGGUUCCCAAGGGUAUGUGGAUCCGGAUUAUUUGAAAACCGGAUUAGUGUCAAAGAAGAAUGACAUAUAUAGUUUCGGAGUGGUUCUUUUUGAACUUGUAACGGGGAGAGAGGCGUUUAGUGUGGAGAAGGGGGAGUUGUUGACGGAGAUCAUCGGUGGUCCGUUGGUGGGAGUGGAGGAGCUGGUGGAUCCACGGCUGAGAAACGAUGAGGGUUUGGAUUUGGAGGAGGUGAAAGCGAUGGUUUCAAUGGCGAGGAUGUGUAUUGGGUGCUCCAUGAUUAGGCCUAGUGCAAAGGAGAUUGUAGCAUCCAUGAAACACAAGUUUCAUAUCAUUUCUUGACUUUUAUUUUGGUGUUUUUUUAGAUGUGAUUGUAUUGGUUUGGUUUUAUCAAUCAUCAUCAUCAUCAUCAUGUAUAAUCAUUUUCUGUAAAUUUUGAUUUUUACUUUGAACAAGUAAGGUUGGUAUA